AUGGCUAAACAAAGAGGAAGAAACUUACUUAAAAAGCAACAAAAAGACCAAUUUGAACCUUUCAAGCAUGGAGAUGAGCAUGAUGGUGAUGGUGAAUACCCGGUAUCUAUUAAACUUUCUGACGUAAAUGAUAAUAGUAUAUGUCAACCAAAUACUUUUUUCGGUACGUUGCAAACAGAUGAGCUUGAAUAUUUCAAGAAAGCGGAAAGUACUUUGAAAAUUGAUACAUUUGAAACAGCAGACGAAAAGUAUCAAUUUGUGAAUAGUGUUAUUGAAGAAAGCAAGGGGAAAGAACUAAAAUUAGCAACUUCUCAAAUUUGUUCAAAGUUGAUGGAACGUAUAAUACUAGAGAGUGAUGAAAAGCAGCUUAAAUCCAUUUUUCGGACGUUCAAUGGGUUUUUUAUAAAUGUUUCCUGUCACAAGUACGCUUCUCAUGUCUUGGAAACGCUACUGGUGCGAAGUGCUGCGUUAGUGGAAAAGGAAUUACUGACUCCUACCUUUGAGGAUGCUAUACCUGAACAAGAGGAUGGUAUAUAUGCAUCUAUGGAGAACUUGUUUUUGUUUAUGUUGAACGAGUUCAAACCUCAUUUCAAAAUGAUGGUUAAUCAUCAAUAUGCAUCCCAUGUAUUAAGAUUAUUGAUUUUAAUCCUGUCCUCCAAGACUUUACCAAGUAGUACCAAAACCAACUCUACUCUCAGGUCUAAAAAGUCGAAAAUUGCACGGAAAAUGAUUGAUUUGAAAGACAAUGAUGAUUUCAAUAAAGUGUACAGGACUCCAGAUUCUUUCAAGACCGAAUUAAAGGAUAUUUUAUCAUCUCUAUAUAAAGAUUUUUCUGGUGGAGUUGAACAAGGUUCAAAGAACCUUUCUAAAAUAAGUCCUAGCCAUAUUACUAAAAUGAGAGAGUAUUGUGUGGACAAGGUCGCUUCUCCAGUGAUCCAGCUUAUUCUCCAAGUCGAGGGUAUCUUUGAUAGGGAUCGUUCCUUCUGGAGUCUAAUAUUCAGUGACUCCACAGAAAAAGACGCAAAGGAGGAAGCAUUUAUCGAAUACUUGCUUUCUGAUUCUGUUGGCUCACAUUUUCUGCAGAAUAUCGUUGGAUUUACAAAAGUCAAGUAUGCAGAAAGACUGUAUCGACUGUAUAUGCAGGACCGUAUCGUGAAAUUGGCAAAGAGAGACUCUACCGCCGCAUUCGUGGUUCAAGCAUUGUUGAAGAAUCUGCAUCAGAACGAAGUGAGAAGGAUACUAAACGAUUUAACACCUGAAUUAGAUAUUUUGUUAAACUCUAAUGUAGAUUUUGGGAUUGAGAUCAUAGACGCUUCUAUUCGCCAAGGCAACUUUAAGCGGGAAGAGAUUGUGGAGAAACUCAAGCAAAAAUUCUAUCCAGAGGCCUCUGAAACCAAAAACAUUUUAGAAAGCUGUCUUUUAUUGAGUUCUUCUACCUUAGGAAAUACCAGAGAUGACUGGCCCACCGCAGAAGAAAGAAGAAGAGCAUUAUUUUUGGAAAAGUUAAUAGAUUAUGAUGAUCAAUUUUUGGGAAUAACCAUUGACUCACUAUUAGACCUACCAGAAGAACGCUGUCUAAUGAUGUGCUAUCAUGGCGUAUUUUCAUACGUUGUACAGCAUGUCUUACAAGUUAAGAGGGUGGAUAUAAUAAAGAGAAAGCUUUUAUUAAAUGUGUUGUGCAAGGACGUUGUCAAUUUAUCCUGUAACGCAUAUGGCUCACACCUUAUGGAUAAAUUGUGGGAAUUCACCGCAAAGUUAGCAUUGUACAAGGAACGUAUUGCUGAAGCUCUGACAGUUGAGGCAACGAAGGUUAAGAAUAACGUUUAUGGAAGACAGGUAUGGAAGAACUGGAAUUUAGAACUGUAUGUUAGAAAAAGGUUUGACUGGAAAAAGAAGGUUAGGGAGCAAGACUCUGAAUUGUUCCCUGAUUCUAAACCUUUGCAACCCAAAUCGACCACCUCCUCUACCGCCGAUUAUAAAAAACGUGGUGCUCCAAAUGGUUCUGAUAGAUACCAAGAGGACAAAAAGUUCAAGAAGAAGAACUUUGGCACUCAAAGAAGAUAG